AUGGAUAGUUCGAUCACUACCGCUGUGAAAAAAAAUUUGGGUAUUUCCGAAAUAGAAAAUAUUCUAACCAGAGCAGUUUAUCAAGUUCUCAACAAAAAUAAUCCACAUUCCGAUGUUUAUAACAAUUUGGAGAGAACACAUAAUAUUCAACCUGAUCCUCGGAAUCAAUUAAGAUUAAUAGCCGAACGUCAUUGCAAGAGAGUGGAACGUAUGUAUGACAAGAAGCUGCAUGAACGAAGAGAAAUGGAUAGGAUUCACACAGACAACAAAAUAAAACAAAUACGAGAAGAAUAUGAAGAUGAAUUGAAAGAAUAUAAGAAAAGACUUGAAAAAGAAAAAAAUAUACUUGAACAGACUGUUAGAGACAGGGAACGUGAUCUUCAACAAAGAAGUGAUAUCCGUCUUAUGGCAAAAGAAAAUGAUUUUGAAAUCAGGUGGAAGUUUCUGGAGAACCGAGGGACUGAGUUGAACCUGUUGAAAGAACAAUUGGAAAUAGCCAGUGAAGGAUUUAAAAAAAAGAUGAAAGCGGAAUUAGAGUCGAUACGAAUCGAGUGGGAAAAGUUAUCAGCAAUGAAAUCUGAUUUGGAAGGAACUAGUUCUCCCAUUUCCAACGUCCAAAUACCUAUAUUCAAAGAGAGAAUAAUUGAACUUGAAAAGCAUUGUGAAGAUUUGAAAAACCAAUUGUCUUCCAAAGAAGCCGAAGGGUUUAUUCUCAAGCAAAAGCUAGAGAUGAAGGGUGAACAUGGCAAUCACACUGCAGAUAUUGAGAGGUUGAUCAUGGAAAACAGAGAACUGAAAAAAGAGAUACAGAAAUAUACAAAGUUGUACGAAGGAGUUGAAGUAGAUCUGAAGAAAAAUAUUGUUCAAUCUAAAUUGACCACUGAAGCUUUACAAUUCAAAGUGAACGAACAGAAAAUGAUCAUUGGAUUAUUGAAUGAAAAGGUGAAAUCACUUUCUCUCGAAAAACACAGCCAUAACCGAAGUUUUAUUGCGAGUCCACUCCAAACUGGGAAAAAAAAUAGGAGACACAGGCAUGUGAACAGUUCUUUUGAUUCUGAUAUCAGUGAGUUCAGUGUAGGCGGAACUGCUGAUAGCAAUGAAAUAGAAAAAAUAAAGAAAAGAAUUCAAAAUUUGGAUAACAUCGCUAAGGAACUAGAUAUGUCUGUGGAACAUUAUACUUUGAAGAGGGUAGGAAUAGUUGGAAGCCACGAGUCCUUACUUGUUUCUCAUGAUGGAUAUGAUGAUUAUUGUCGCCAAUCGUCUUCUCAGACAUCGCCCGAAAAAGCGCGUUUCCCAACCGCAAAACAACCUGUGGUGGAGAAGGAAGUAAAAGAAGAAAAGAUCAAAAUUGAUGAACCGAAGAAGAAUGUUACACCUCCACCAGUGAACACGCAAGAAGAUGAUUAUUAUUCUGGCAUUGAUCCCGUCAUGGCUCAGUACAUGAGGCUUGUAGGAGAGAAGAGAAAUGAGGAUGAAGCGAAAAACACCAUUGAGAAGGAAUCAAGACAACAUAAUUCGUUAGAGCCCGAAGAAGUGAGGCAAGCUGAUGAAGUCGUAGGAUUAGAAUAUAACAAUGACCUGGAUAACGAUAUCGACUGGUGA